AUGAAGUUUACUGUGGCCGUCCUUUUCUUACAGUUCUCCGCUGUCAAUGGUGUAAUCUAUGAUACGCUCUUCCCUUCGGAGAGGCCAGCUGUUACCGAAGACCCCGUCGAUUGCAUCUUUGAAGAUUUUUAUCCCUACUUUUCUGCCCUGACUCCCAAUGGCAGUCUCUCAACAGCACUUCUGUCCUAUGCCGACGUGCUCAUCAAGGACUGCCCCUUGACUGACACGGAUGUUGUGGGACUCCUAACCUGCCCGUACCCUGCGCUUUCGGACUGGUGCUCCUUCAGUGAUCACGCACCCACAACUUUAUUGCCUGCUUGGUCCUCCUACGGUAGCUCAGCCUCGUCUUGGUGGGCGUCCAACAGCGCUCACGCAGUCAAGUAUGCCCGCCUCUGCAAGAAGAAGUGGUUCAAUCAGAUGAUUGGCGUUGUCUACGGCUCAGUUCGACUGAACAACACAAUCCAUUGGGGAGAAUGUUACGCCCAAGCCCAUGCUACCCUGGAUGGCAAAGUCACCGCAACGGCAACAGCAACAACUGGAAUGAAGGCUACCUCUAUGGCGCCUAAAGAGACUAAGGGGACGUCGAAGGAGGGUGAUAAGGACGAAUCAAGUGGCAAUGGAAGCAAGGCUCGAAGCCCAGAUGCUUGA